AUGUCGAGUUUAAGAGAGAAUUAUUGGAUCUUAAAAAGCAGGAAGACAAUACGUCAAGUAAUAAGGAAUUGUGUAAUAUGUCAACGUUUUUCAUCUCGGCCAUUAGAAGUAGCAAGUGCUCCACUACCCGAAGAUAGCGUCAGAGAUGCUUAUGUUUUUGAAGUAGUAGGAGUUGACUUGUGCGGACCACUAUAUUUGAAAAACAAAAGCAAAUGUUGGGCUGUACUUUUUACAUGCGCAGUUUAUCGCGCAGUCCACAUCGAGCUGGUAACUAGUUUAUCAACAGAUAGUUUUAUUCUAGAUUUACGAAGGUUUAUUUCUAGAAGAGGAAGACCAGCUACAAUUUAUUCAGAUAAUGGAACCAACUUAGUGGGUACUUCUAAUGAGCUGAAAUCUGUUGAUUGGGUGAAAAUACAAGAAUAUGCCUCAGUAAAGAAAAUCCUAUGGAAAUUCAACCCCCCAUCAGCCCCAUGGUGGGGCGGAUUUUGGGAAAGGCUUAUAGGUAUGUUGAAAUCUAUCUUAAGAAAAAUUCUUGGAAAGGCCUCCUUACAAUUUGAAGAAUUGUACACUGUACUAUGUGAUGCUGAGGGCAUUAUAAAUUCAAGACCUUUGACAUACUUAAGUGAAGACAAUGAGGACCUUAUAGCAUUAACACCUGCUAUGUUUUUACAAGAUGUAAAAGAAAUAGGAGUUCCAGAUAUAGAUCAAAUAGAUGCUAAGAGAAUGAAUAAAAGAUUCUUCUACAGGCAGAAAGUGUGUCAAGAUCUCAGAAAACGUUUCAGAAUCGAAUAUCUUGGACAUCUUAGAGAAUUUUCAAAGAUUCGUAAUGAAUCUAAAAUUAAAGAAGGAGACAUUGUUCUCAUCGGUGAUAGUAACGUCAAGCGAAUAAAUUGGCCUUUGGGAAGAGUCAUCAAAUUAUAUCUUGGAAAAGACAAGAAAGUUCGUCUCGUGGAAGUCCAGACCAAAUCUGGGUCUUUCCUACGUCCAAUCCAGAGACUUUUUCCUCUUGAGGUCAGCCAAAGUGAAAAAUCUGCUAUCCCGUGUCUCCCAAAGAGUGAUUCUCCAUCCACAAUGAUGAUUCCUGAUGGUACACCUACCUCUAGUGACUCUCAUGCUGUUUCAGAUGUGAGACAACCAAGAAGAUCCCGUUAUGGCCGGCUUUUAAAGCCCAAUGCUCUCCUAGACUCAUUGGUUUGA